UGUUGUGCAGAAGAAGAUCAGAAAAUGUGCUAUCAGCUCAUUCUAAUAACAAUAAUCCACUCUGAUAAAACAUGAAACCUUUUACCAUCAGUUUGUUUAGUCAUACGACAAGUUAAAAAUCUAAACAGAAAUAUGUGUUUGAUUGUUGUUUUGAUGCAGGUGUCUGUAACUUUGUCAUAGUUUUCUGUGAACAAAUAGCCUCAGUGCGUUCUAAGGAUGAAUGGAUGUUUAGAAAAAGUACUCUGGAAGACAACUAGAAGUAUACCAAGAUUUAAUGAUGACAGGUAGAUGUGUCGUAGACCUCUAAUUUAACAUUUAAAAGAGUAGUAAAAUAGAGUUGUCAAAGAUGUCCUGCAGACAUUUACAGUGGAUGUAUAUUAGUUAUCUAAAAGACAUCAUUUGCCAGGUGGGAAAGAGAUACUCAGAAAUGAUAUUUUGAGUUUUAACGUCUUUAUAAAUGUCCUCCAUCAUUAGAAAAAUGCCAAAAGAACAUGUUAGAAACACCCAAAACAUGAUGUCCUCGAAUGUGGGCGCCCCAUCUCAAGAGGGUAUGCAUUGAAUAGUUUUUGUGAGUUGUGUUCUUGGUUUUCCCUGAGCAAUCCGCUGUCCUCCCACAGACCAAAUUAUAGAUUAUAGAUCACUCUAAACUGUGAAUGUAUCUGUGCAUUGUUGUGCGCUGCUGCGAUGGACUCGUGAAUCAUCCAGGGUGAACCCUGCCUUCACUCAACAUUCGCUGGGAUAAGCUCCAGCAACCCUGUGACUCCUAAAGUAAUUAAGCAGGUUCGGAAAAUUGAUGGAUGGGUGUCUGGAUGUGGAAUAACUUGUUGGUGUCAUAACAUGCACUCAGGGAGAAAGAUCUGCAGCAUUUGACCUGACCGCUCUUUCACAGCCGCAUGUCCUGCAGGAAGGAGCCUGUAAAGAUACUGAAGCAAAAAAGACAAAUAAAAAGAACACAAAUGGCACAAGCAGCUCCAGUAUCAUUACAUUUGUGCGUUUAAAUUUCUGGAUGGAUACUUAAUUAUAUGAACAAUGUGUCCCACACAGGGGAAAUGUGUGCUGCCCUUUGAAAAAUGCCACAAGUCAGGAUUCCAUCUGUACAGGAUUAUCAACAGAACAGCUGACUUUUCUUGCAAAUACAUUUCAAAGUUUUUUUUCUGUGUACAAUCCUCAAAUCAUCUGACUUUUAUAAAAAAAUCAAAUCCUUGUAUCAAGUCUUCAUAAAGCAUUUGGGUCUUCUGCGUUUUCAUCUUAGUGAUGUUUUCUUUCACUUUUGUGUUUUUAGUCAAGCACACAAACACUUGUCUGGGUUUGACAGGUUAGACCACAUUGCUGCAAACUAGAACUGGGACACACCUCUGCAGUGGGACAGCUCGGUCUUUUCUCUUUUGCUGCAACGAGAGAAGGAAUCUGUUCUGAUCCUUCCAUAGAUCUCACAGGAGUUUAAACAUCACUUGUGGAAAAAGAACAAACAGAGGAGCAAAAUGGGCGAUGCAGUUGACAAUGGGAAAUGUGUUUCACCGAAGAGCCCCUUCCUGUCAGAGGUCAGACUGGUGCUGAUUGGUGGGAGAUGGGCAGGAAAAAGUUCAUCUGCCAACACCAUUCUGAGGCAGAAAAAGUUCGACUUCGGCCGGAUCAGGACGCAUCAGUCCAAAAUGAUUGAGGGGGAGGUGGGGGGCAGGAAGCUGGCUGUGGUGGACACUCCAGGGUGGAGAAGCUCUCUCUGCCUUUCAGAUGUCCCACAAAGAGACCAGCAAAGGUUUAGGCUCAAUGUCUCCAAGUGUCCACCGGGCCCCAACGCUUUCCUUCUGGUCAUCCCUGUGGACUCGGCUUUCUCUGUGGAGCAAAAGAUCACUGUGGAGGAGCACAUGAAGCUCCUGGGAGAGCAUGCCUGGAGAUUCAGUAUGGUGCUGUUCACUUUUGGAGAUUUCCUGGGAGAGAAGACCAUAGAAGAACACAUCGAGAGCGAAGGACUGGCCCUCAGGUGGCUGAUAGAGAAGUGUGGGAACAGAUACCACAUGUUCAACAAUAAGGACAAAGAUAACUCAUCUCAGGUGUCUCUGCUGCUGGAGAAGAUUGAGGAGAUGGCAAGGAACAACAGCGGCAGAUGCUACGAAGUAGACCAGCGCAUUCUGAAGAAGAUCAGACAGAAGCAAGACGAGGUGGCUUCAAGAGCGAAAGAGAGACGAAGAAAAGCUGAGGAAGAGAGACAACGUAUGCUAAAAUUCAUGCAAGGAGAUGUGACGCCCAUCCCAAAACUCCAGAUAGUUCUGCUGGGCAGCCGAGGGGUCGGAAAAACCUGUGUCGGGAACACCAUCCUGGGCUGCAAAGAACAUGAUGGAAAACGAACAGUGCACUCGGAAGUGCGGCACGGUUCUGUGGACCAAACUGAAGUAACUGUGGUUGACAGUCCAGGUUGGUGGAAAGGUUUCCCCGCGGAGGACACCCCCCAGGCAGUCAAGGACGAAAUGCAGCGCAGCUUGUUUCUGUGUCCCCCUGGACCCCACGUCUUCCUGCUGGUGAUAGACGCAGACACCUCCUUCAACGCCAAGCACCUGGACGCAGUGACCUCGCAUGUGGAGCUCCUCGGUGAAGCAGUGUGGAAACACACAAUCCUAGUUUUCAGUAGAGGAGACUGGCUGAGAACCAGCACCAUAGAGGAGUACAUUGAAGGUGAAGGGCUGGCCUUACAGUCUCUGAUUGAACAGUGUGAAAACAGAUACCACGUUCUUAAUAACAAAAAUGCAGAGGAAGACACACAGGUCACAGAGCUGCUAGAGAAAAUCACCGGGACUGUGGCUGCAAACGCAUGGCAGCCUUUUAUUCCAGACCAGCAGAUUUUUAUGAGCCUGGAAAAGAAACGAAGAAGUGUGGAAGAAGGAGCCAUUUUGAGGCAGAAGCUGGUCCAGACCCAGAGGAAUCUCCUUACAGGAAUGAGGAACAAGCUGGAAGAGAUGAAGAUUGUGUUGCUCGGGGAGAGGUCCUCUGGAAAGAGUUCAACAGGAAACAUCAUCCUGCAUAAAGAGGUCUUUUCUGCGGGUCAGGAUGAGCAGUGCCAUAAGGAAGUGAGGCAGGUUGGCGACAGACAGGUCACAGUGAUUGACACACCUGGGUGGCGGAGGGAAUCCUCCUGCUCUACAGAGCAGAUGGACAGAGAAAUAGUCCGAAGUCUGUCCCUGAGCGAGUCAGGAGUUCAUGCUGUGCUGCUGGUGGUUCCUUUGGAUUUGAAGUUCACAGAGACAGAGAAAGUCAAGUUGGAGGAGCACGUCAACCUUUUUGGUGCCAGUAUUUGGAAACACACACUAGUUCUGUUCACUCAUGAAGACAAACUACCAAACAAAUCCAUAGAAGAGCACAUUGAAAGAGAAGAGUCUCUGCGCUGGUUGGUGGACAAGUGUAAGAACAGAUACCACUCCAUGAACAACAGGAAAUCAGAUCUGAGUCAGGUCACAAAGCUGUUUGAAAAGAUAGAGGAAAUGGUGGCAGCAAACACAGGCCAGCUCUUCUGCCCCAACAUGAAUGAUGUCUACCUGAGAAUCUCUGAGAAAUUCUGUAGGAUUCAGCUGAAGAAUGUGCUGAAACAACGGCUGGAAAAAGAGUACAGGAGGAGGGAGCUGGAGCUGAUGAGCAACUUCAAAACAACACUCCUCGAGCUGCAAGAGGACCUGAAUGAGAACAUGUCGAGAUCUGAAACUCAAGGAUUCCGUGGUGACCGGGCCAAACCCAGAGGCAGGACUGCUGAUCAAAAGAACAGAGAAGUAAAGGAGAAGAAAAUGAAUGCAAAAAUAAAUACGGCUGUUGAAAGGCUGGAUCAGGAAAUCCUGAAAUCCACAGAGUUCCUUAGAAGCAGCAUGGAUGCCUUGAUGCCUGACCUGAGAGGUGCAACUUCAGCAUCUUCUAUCUCUGGCUCCCUCAUACGACAUAAUCCAACCAGCAGCUUUCACCAAGUUCUGGCUUGGGUGGCCAGUCUUCAGAUCAGCACAAAUAAGGACAACCAGAUGACGAUAAACUUCCCCAGAUCUUCAGGAUACAAUUCACAAAUCUCUCUGAUGACUGGUCAGGAAUAUUCAGAAAACUAUAGAAUGGACUUUAGAACUGGUGACUCAGAAUUUGGGUUUUGCUCAGAUCAGACCACAUAAAAAAGGUCCUGAAGGGAAAGUAGGUCUGUGAGGAAUGGUUUUAGAGGUUUUACGGGAAUCUUUAAAGUCCACCUACCUCAAAUUACUUUAUUAAACAGUAGCAACAUUUUCACAACUUACAACAACAGUCUAGCUGCAAUGAAAUGCCCCAUUACAAAUAUACCACCCUUGUGCUCCAAGCUCGGGAUCUUUAAUUUCUGCUACAUUGUCUUUUUCUAAACAUGACGAUAAUAAUCAACAUGUCUAAUUUUAGCUACAGAAGACCCAUUUUGAGUGAUUUCAUUCCAGCUGUACAGAUGACUUUUUGCUGUUGUUCAAAAUGAGUCUCUUUACCUCUACUACUACUGUUUCAAAAACGUUUUACAGUGCAUGACUCCUUAGUUACUUUUAAGUCACCUCUUCUAGACACCACCGCUGCUCUCACCACCCACCUUUGACCCAACCCCACUUGCUAAGCAGCCAUUGUGUACUCCUGACUCCCCCCUUCUCUCUCUGUAAAGGCUGGUCUGAGCUGCAUGUGAUGCAUUUGAUGUCUAGGGCGUCCCUUUCCAUUGCCCAAUAGUCGGCUCUUGCAGUCCUGUGACACCAAAAUGAUUCAAACUGAUCCUUGUCUUGUUGCCUCUUGUGUGACUGUAAAUGUGGUAACUCCUUCAAUCUUUUAUUGAAGUAGAGUUUGUAUGAAUUUAUGAACCCAUUCUUAAUUGUGUGUGGGCCGACAACAUUGAAUGUUUUCACAUAUUUAACAAGAAUCUGUCAUUGAGUUAAACCUUUCAAAAUGAAGUGCCAGAACUUUAGUAAACUACAGGAUGAAUGUAUGAGUCUUGUGCUUGUGAGGGGUUUACAGUGUAAGGACCGAGUGAAUUCUGUUGUUUCUGCCAUGGUCAUGAGCAUGUACUUUGUUUUAAACAUUUUAAUUGAAAAAAAACGAUGAUUGACCUGA